GGCCGGGGACGCAUCCCUCGCCGCCCGCGGCCACCCUACCCUCCCGGGCGCAUGUGCGCCUUCCAGAUCCCCGGGUAUUCCGCGAGUCCUGGGCUGCACGGCCCGUGCAUCGGGAUUAGCCCGCAGCUUCCCCCGGGAGCCGCUGAUGCAAAGCCAGCUUGGAGCGGCCGAGCCGGGCCAGCGCCCUCUAGGCAGCGGAAGUAGAGCUUGCUUUACAUCCGUCCUCCCCGCCUCGCAGAGUUGGGAGAAGGAAGGCUGGGGGGUGUGGAAAAAUACAAGGAAAAGUCCUUGCACCAUGUAGACCAGAGCCCCCCACCCUAGCACCCCGGCCGGCAGGGAACCUCCCAGUCUGCGGCCAUGAACGCGAGCAGCGAGGGCGAGAGCUUCCCGGGCUCCGUGCAAAUUCCAGGUGGCACAACGGUGCUGGUGGAGCUGACUCCCGACAUCCACAUCUGCGGCAUCUGCAAGCAGCAGUUUAACAACCUCGAUGCCUUUGUGGCUCAUAAGCAGAGCGGCUGCCAGCUGACCAGCACAUCCGGGGCGGCCCCCAGCACAGUCCAGUUCGUAUCUGAGGAAACGGUGCCUGCCACCCAGACACAGACCACCACCAGAACCAUCACCUCGGAGACCCAGACAAUCACAGUUUCAGCUCCAGAAUUUGUUUUUGAACAUGGCUAUCAAACGUAUCUACCCACGGAAAGCAAUGAAAACCAGACAGCCACUGUCAUCUCUCUCCCUGCCAAGUCACGUGCCAAAAAGCCCACAGCCCCACCUGCUCAGAAAAGGCUUAACUGUUGCUAUCCAGGUUGCCAAUUCAAGACUGCCUAUGGCAUGAAGGACAUGGAACGUCAUUUAAAAAUUCACACAGGAGACAAACCCCAUAAGUGUGAGGUCUGUGGCAAGUGCUUCAGCCGGAAGGACAAGCUGAAGACCCACAUGCGGUGCCACACGGGCGUGAAGCCGUACAAGUGUAAGACGUGUGACUACGCUGCUGCCGACAGCAGCAGCCUCAACAAGCACCUGAGGAUACACUCCGACGAGCGACCCUUCAAGUGCCAGAUCUGCCCCUACGCCAGCCGCAACUCCAGCCAGCUCACCGUCCACCUGCGAUCCCACACAGCUUCAGAACUAGAUAGUAAUGCUCCAAAACCAAUUUGCCCCUCCUCCGCUGAUAGCAGUGAUGCCCAGAAAGCCUGUGCCAUGGCCCUCCCCUCCGAGUCAAAGGAACCAACGAUGACCCUUGGAGAGAGGACGUUCAACUGCUGCUACCCAGGUUGCCACUUCAAAACUGUUCAUGGCAUGAAAGAUUUGGACCGCCAUCUAAGAAUCCACACCGGAGACAAACCCCACAAGUGUGAGUUCUGUGACAAGUGCUUCAGCCGGAAGGACAACCUGACUAUGCACAUGCGCUGCCACACCAGCGUGAAGCCCCACAAGUGUCACCUGUGUGACUACGCCGCUGUGGACAGCAGCAGCCUCAAGAAGCACCUGCGGAUACACUCUGACGAGCGGCCGUACAAGUGCCAGCUGUGCCCCUAUGCCAGCCGCAACUCCAGCCAGCUCACCGUCCACCUGCGAUCCCACACAGGGGACACCCCCUUCCAGUGCUGGCUCUGUAGCGCCAAGUUCAAAAUCAGCUCGGACUUGAAAAGGCACAUGAUCGUGCACUCGGGAGAGAAGCCUUUCAAGUGCGAGUUCUGUGAUGUCCGCUGCACCAUGAAAGCGAAUCUGAAGUCGCACAUCCGCAUCAAGCACACCUUCAAGUGCCUGCACUGCAGCUUCCAGGGCCGCGACCGGGCUGACCUCCUGGAGCAUAGCCGGCUGCACCAGGCAGACCACCCCGAGAAGUGUCCGGAGUGCAGCUACUCCUGCUCCAGUGCGGCCGCCCUGCGCGUGCACAGCAGGGUCCACUGCAAGGACCGUCCCUUCAAGUGCGACUUCUGCAGCUUUGACACAAAGCGGCCGAGCAGCCUGGCCAAGCACAUUGACAAGGUACACAGGGACGAGGCCAAAACGGAGAACCGGGCCCCGCAGGGCAAAGAAGGGCCCCGAGAGAGCAGCUCCCAGCACGUGGCCAAGAUCGUGACCCAGAGGGCCUUUCGCUGUGAGACCUGUGGGGCUGCCUUCGUCAGGGACGACUCUCUGAGAUGCCAUAAAAAGCAGCACAGUGACCAGAGCGAGAAUAAGAACUCGGACUUGGUCACCUUCCCGCCGGAAAGCAGUGCCUCGGGGCAGCUUGGCACCCUGGUGACCGUGGGGCAGCUGGAGACCACCCUGGAGCCCAGCCAGUGCCUCUAAUUCAGGCAAAGGAGGUGGUGAGCUGUCCAGGAUUCCUGGCAAGUGCUGUCGCCCAGCCCUCUUAGGUGAGGCCGUCGAGCCAGACUUUGGUCACCAGCUCCAGGCAUGGCUGCUCCCAACUUCAUAGGCCUCCAGAGGCAGUGGCUGCAGUCACUGGCAUGAGGGCAGAUGCAAAGCAAUGCCAUUGGAGAGACAGCUCUCCACGGGGCUGUCUUCCCUCCAAGUAUCAUCUGAGCAAGUUGACUCACCUGCUCCAAGGUGGGGUCCACUGAGUACCUCUCUAUCCCAUAGGGAUAGCUUCUUGAUGGGUUCCAGCUCUAAAACUCAUCCAUCUCUGAUGGAACUGUUUAGACCACCUGGAAAACUAAAACUCACCUGGUCUGUAUAGUUGGGAAAGGUUCAGGUGAGGAGGGGUCCGUGGAGGGCCUGGGUAAGCUGGCCUGGUUCUUAACCUGGGUGGUGGUUAUAGAAGUGUCCGCCUUAUACGUUUUUUGUGUGGUUCCUUUUUACCUGUUGUCUUAUAAUAAAAAGGCAAACUC